CUACAAGAGUUUGGCAAAGGAUGAAGCCAUCGCUUUGAAUAGGCUCGGCGCGAAUAUCAACGCGAAGGCUGUCGGUGGUGCGUGGCUGAUUGAAAAGGGUCUGCAGUCUAGUACCACUUCCGCAAGCGUCGCAUGUGGUGGACUCUGCUCCGGAGUCUCUCGGGAACGAUCGGUCUCACCAGCACGUGGGCGAGCACUGACACUGAAGCGUGGCUCUAUGCAACUACCCAAUGAAGGCGAAGCUGAGGAGCAAGCGGCGAAGGCGAAGCGACAGAAGGCCGAUGAGACGAGCAAAGAGGAACCGGUGGAGAAAUAUCAUGCAGAAGCAGCCGUGGCAAACGGAGCACACUCUAAACAUAGUGUAACGAUACAGCCCCAGAAGGCCAUCCCGCUGACUGCGCGUGAAAUCAAAGCGCGAGCUGCUGCGCUGGACAGGGUUCGUAAGGAUGGCAGCUAUCUGGCAAUUAUCGGGGCAAAAAGAAGGGCAGAUUACGAAGUAGUCCUCGCUGCAGUCAAACAGCAUGGCGCAGCUCUCGAAUACGCUUCGCCAGGACUUCAGGGCGAUCGCAGAGUUGUGCUUGCGGCUGUCAAAAAUGACGGCUAUGCCCUCCGGUACGCUGCUGAAGGACUUCGAGGCGACCGCGACAUAGUCAUGGAGGCUGUGAAGCGGGGAGAAAUUGCCCUCCGGUAUGCGAGCGAAGCACUGAAAGGCGACCGCGGGAUUGUUUUGGAGGCUUUGAGAAGCAAAGGCAAGGUUGGGUUUUUCACAUUUUCGGCUCUUGAGAAUGCCUCCGCGCAGUUUCGAGCAGAUCGUGGGGUGGUCGUAGAAGCUGUGCAAAAAAGAGGCUCCGAACUCCGAGCAGCAUCUGAAGAA